AUGCGGGAUGGAAGGAGCCAAGAAGAAGCAACUCUCGUGUGCCACACCCGCCCUUCAUCUGCUCAAGAGAUACACGAAUUGUGUUCUCGUCUGCGAUGGUACCUUUGCGAGGCGCUGGGAAUUCAAGACUUUGGGGACGACACUGGGUGUUCUAGCACAGCCCCUUCGCUGAAGGAAACCUUCGAUGAGAUCUCCGCUUGGCUAGACUUACCGGAGAACUCCGAAGAGCUGCUCUUCAUCAAGAUCGAGGACUACACCGGAGAUAACGUCAGCCUGUUGCCCGACUACAUCACGACAGUGUUCGGAACGGAAAUUGUUUUCGGACCUUUGGACUUCAUCGAGUGGAACAGAAUCAGCGGGUCCGAGCAAUGGCCGACCACGGAGUACCUCGUGUCCCAGGGCAAGAGGCUGGUCUUCGGCACGAACGGCGAGGAGGAUGCCGAUACGAUGUUCAGGAUAAGUCGAGAGAACGACGCUGACGGACUCUUCCACGAGGAUAACAUAUCUGCAGUUCGGUUCAGGACCUCCGCACCUUGUUCGACUAGGACUCGGAGCCCAUCGUGGUCUCGCGUGCAGGGUGAAGCCUCGACCUGGGUCAUCGAGUACACCGACGUUACGCUCUACGCGCUCUUGCCUGAAGCCGAUGAGUUUUUCGGAGCAUCGGACGCGAUGGACGCUCUAAAAUGCGGGCUAAUCCCCACCUUCGACAGGAUGGACAGCCGUCUGCUGGAGGCAACCAUGUGGUCUUGGGAAGAAGGCGAGCCCCACGCCUACUUUUCCAGCCCCCGCGCUGCCGUGGUUCACCAGGAGACAGGAAGGUGGACGAGCGGAUCUGCGUCGACCAGCGAGGAAGAGAGCGAUGAUAUACACUCCUACGCUUGUCGCAACGAUAGUUCAGGGGAGAGGGGCGAGUGGGUAGUGUCGAGCGGGGCUGCUGGGUACUUUAGCGCGGCCGAGCUGGUCUGUCUCUCACAGGGGCUGGUGUUCGGCUGUCCCCGCACAGCUGAAGAGAAUGCCGCCCUCAGGGUCUCCAUGACGGACGUGGGCGUGAAGGACGCUUGGGUCAACCUUCUGUCACCGGGAGGGGCGCUUUCGUCCAGCUGGGCGCGCGAAUCGGGAGUUGCUUACACCCUCCCGACCACGUACACCCACGCGACAUGCGACGGUGAUGGCUACUCUGGAGCGGCUGACUUUACGUGGAACGCGGACGAGGCAUGGACGUACGGAGACAGAGCAUUUUAUGACAAAGCCGAGCGUAUCAAGGACGAAGCGCAAGCCUUACGAGCCGAGGCGGAGCUAUUAGAAUUGUCAUCAGAGGGUCAAGAAGGAACAUUGACCGGCGGCAUCGACGAGAUCGACGCGCUCACAGCUGCCGCAAUGUGGAAGCAAGCGGACCAGCUUGAAAACGCUGCCAGGGAGGCAGGAGCUUACCCCAAAGGGUGGUGA